GUUGAAAUCAUUGUAACUCCUCCCAGCUUCUUUGAGGAUGUAUCUAUAAACUUAAAUAAUUUUCCACAAGCAUCACAAUACUUCAUUACAGAUCAAGGAAUCUUCACUAGAAAACUAAGCUUAAAGAGAAGUUCAUGGCAUCAGCAAGUGGCUUUCCGGCAAGUUUUUAUGGAGAACCGGGUGUGCUUGGGCUCCUGGCCAAUGGCAUCAGUGCUUUCCUUGUCCUACUGCAGAAUUUCCAUGGGGCCAGGACUGGCGUUCUUGCAGAGGGAGUCGAAAACAUAUUAGCAGGCGUUCAUCUUAUUCUAAUUGGUGGAGUGUGUCAGCUUGUGGCAGGCUUGCUAUCUUUCCGAAAAUAUGACCAUCUUAGUGGGGCGUCAUUUGUAGGGUACGCAGCACUGUGGGCAAGCUAUGGGGCCACCAGAAUUUUCCUAGGUGCCAGCCAACAAAGUCCAAACCUAUUCAAUGAAUCUACCAUGAUAAAUAGCACAUUUCAAGAUGUUUUCACAGACACUAUCAUCAAUAAAACUGACAUGUUCAUCAAGGAGUCUGCCAUAGCUGGCCUGGUGCCUUACAUCCUUCUUUCCUUUCUACUGGCCUUCUGUUCAGCAACCGUAAACUACAUCAUGCCAUUUGUAUUUGGGGCCAUCACCCUCACACUGGUAUUUGAGGCUGUAGGUCUGGUAGCAAGCUGGGGUUUAGUGGUCUCUGGGGUACUAGAGCUCCUAAUUCUGCUCUUUGCAAUAUAUGGCUCAUCUGCACUGCUAAUCAAGGGACUGGCCCAACGCUAUGUGCUAAAGGGUUUCUGAAACCCUCUCUUCAACGUGCUGCUCCUUGGAACCACCAAUGCCAGUAGCUCCCAAAGCUUGGGCCAAGAGAAGAAGAAGAACACGAAAUAUGCUGAACCAAUGGCCUUGGGAUUCUUCUGUGACACAGUCUCACCAUUUAUCUUUGCCUUCUACGCCUUUAAGUACUUCCCGUCACUCUCAGUAGCUGCCAUCUGGAUAACCAUCAAUUCUGCUGCUCAGCUUCUGUCUAGCUAUUAUGCGUACCUGCGUCAAGACUGCUACCAUGCAACCAAGUUUGGCCUGCACUGCAUGUUUUGGUUGGUGAAGACCUGGGAAGAGCAUGUGGUGUCUGUAACCAUCAGCCGGGCCGAAGCUGGUGAAGUAAGGCACGCCAUGGUUGGCAACUGGUUUUUUGUAUCUGCUGCCUUGGUGCUCUGCAUCGCAAGUCUUAACAAAGACACUCUUGAGCUAAUUCACAACUCGAUUUUUGUCCUGGUAACCAUAUCGACCAUCUCCCAGAUUCCCAUUGAGAGGUACUACAUCUUUUUUGGAGUGACCUGCUCCCUUUUCACUCUCCUGUCCUACUAUGGCACUUUUGCUCGUCUCAUCAACACCAUUGCAGAGAAGUCUUUGAUCCCAGUUGGACCCCAGCCUGUCUCCUCUGAAUCCCUGCAGAAAUAUCUCAGUAACCUCAAGAGAUCCAAACAGCAUAAGCCUGAAGAUAAAGGUGCACAGCUCCCUGAUGCUAUGUUUUAUCUUUGCAAUGGAGUGGCCGCACUCUCAGCCAUUCACAGCAGUCAGCUCGGCCUGGCGUUUUUCGACCUCACCGUUCCCUGGGUGCUCAUUCCAGGAGCCAUCAUCCAGGCUUACGUCAGUCGACUGCAGGUUCAAGGUGGCCAGAGAUUCGGCUCUGUUGUGCCCUCCUUUUAUGUGGCUAUUUGGGCAACUUGGAGCUGGUUUAGGUUUGCAGGACAUCGUUUGGAAAUAUCCACUGAGUCAGCAAAUGGGUUUGCUGCAGGGGCAAUUGCAUUUCUGGUCAUCAAUGCUUUCUUGAUUCUAGUUGCGGCCUACAGCAAUCUUGUUCUCCUGGCAUUGACCACUAUCAUGGAGGUUAUCGUAGUUUGUUUUCUCCUCUCUGCUCUUGGAAGACUGCCCUAUCAGCUAGAAGUUGCCAUGCUAGCAAUUUUCGCCAUCAUAUGUUUGUAUGGCAUGCUAGCGUCCCUUGUGAACAGUAUCUUCUCCAAGACCCUGAUACCAGUUGGACCUUCCCUUAUCAAGGACAAGAAAAAGAAGAAAUCUGAAACCAAAUUUCCAUGUUUCGUCGCCUAUUCUCGGGAAACCAGCGGCCUACUCAAGAUUGCAAAAUUACUGGAAAACAAUGGAGUGUGUGGCAUCCCUACAGACACUGUCUAUGCCUUGGCUGCUUCAUGCAAGAACCCCAGUGCAAUUGAGAAGAUCUACUCUAUCAAAGAUCGUCCUGCAGAGAAGCCAAUUUGCAUCUGCAUCUCAAGUGUGGAGCAGCUUGUGGCUGCCAAACCUCCUUUCAGUCCCCUGCUAUGGGAGUUCAUGAGAAAUGUCUACCCUGGAGGCAUCAGUUGCAUUGUCCCCAAGGGUGAUUGGCUCCUCAAACUCGGUGUGGGUCCUGCCUAUGACCGUGUGGGGACCAGAGAUAGCAUUAUGAUUAGAGUCCCUGACCACAGUGCUACUGCUCACCUGUGUGAAUUCACUGGCCCAUUGGCCAUUACAUCAGCCAAUCCCAGUGGAGAAGCUGACAGUACCCAUCAUGACAUGGUCAUCAACCGUCUUGGUCACAAGAUCGAUGGAGUCCUGUGUGAUGGUGAAUCUAAUGAGGUGGUGGCAUCUACUGUAGUGAAUUGCCUCAAAAUUGAUGAAGGAACGAUCAGCAUUCUUCGUGAAGGUUGUGUGCCUGCACUGAAAGUGAGGCAGAUUUUUGAACGAGUGAAAAGCAACAUGUUGUAGGAUUACUGCCAACGUCAACUUUCUUUAAUUUGAAGGAUAUUAAAUAUGAAGGGAAUAAUUUGGAAUGACUUGACAUGUAUACGAACCAGUGUUGAUAUCACUUUACUACACUAUCAGUUAUUCUGAGCAAGAAGUAUCAACAUGAAACCAUGUUAAAGUGAGCAUUAUUUAAGCUUAUAUUAAGUGAGCAUUAGCUACAAAAACCUGUUACUGUACUGCUGUGUAAAUCUAUUGUAUGUUUGCCAAUGCUUUUGAAGGAUAUCUUUGAAUACCGAUUUAAUUUAUUGCUAUUUAUACUCUUUCAGUGAAUCGUGUCUUUGUUGAUCAAGAGUAAACACAAAGAAACACAAAGAAAUCAAUUCAGCCAGUGAAUGAAUAUGUAUUUAAAGAUUACCAUUGCACAGUAUGCUUGUAUUUGUAUAUUGUGAACUGAGAAACUGUGUAUAAGUGAUCUGAUGCUUUAUAAUUGUCUAAUAAAAGCCUGACUAUUUGACAAAUUAA